GCGAUAUUGCCGAUCCUUGGCGAUGGACGAAGACCACAUGCGGGCCGUGCGGACGCACCUCGACCGCGGGACGCAAACUGCAAACAGCGCGCUCGAUACGCUGCUGGAAGAUAGUGUGUCAUGGCUCGCCGCGUUUUGCGAGCGAUCUGCGAAGGAUGUGACGCGUCGGCGGCUGCGAUCGAUCUUGGACAUAAGCGCUAUCCUCGCACCUUGUAGCCCAGAAGGCGCCGCUAUGGACGUUGCCAAGAAGCGCCAACGAAGCAAGAGAGCGCUCUUAGUCGGCCACGCCAAGGCGGUGGCAUCCAAAGGGCCUACUACUCGAGCCAUGCUGGCAUCGCGCCACACGAACCCAUCGUCCGUGGCCAUCGACGGUUGCGUCAAGGACGACCUCGAGCUGGAUGCAUCGACGCUCAAGGUCGUCGAGCUCAAGGCUGCGCUGAAGAAGCGCGGGCUGCGCGUCGGAGGACUCAAGAGUGUGCUCGUCGAACGGCUUCGAGCAGCGCUCCGCUUUGAACAAGCAGCACUGGCGGAUCGCACGCUUGCAUUGACAACCGAUUUCUCGGGCGUCAUCUCUUCCACUGCGAUUCUCUCGGACGCAAGGACGAGUCCUUGCGAGCUUCAAGCGCGCGAACUACCUGUCACCAACGCUUGUGCAGCCUCUGGGGUGCCACCUCAUGACGCCGCUUCACGCACGAGUCGACACCAACAGCACCAUGAGGCCUCCUCGCUCUCUCCGAUUGCAAUGUGCAUGUCAACCACGACAGCGGGAUUCAACUUGGACGAGCCUCUCGGUUUUGCCUCCGAGAACCCGUUCGAGUCGCCGCUUGCAGCGCAGGCAUUGCUGCAUUCGUGGUCGCCAUGGCCGCACGUUAGCACACAAGAUCAACAAUCUGGAGUCGCAGGAAAUUGUGAGACGUCCGAGCUCCAGUGCAACACGGACACGUCGGUCAUGCCCGGUGCGAUCCUACUGCGUCGGCCACCGCCGCUUGGCAAGACGCUGCAGCGGCAUGCAGCUCCGUUCUCGAAGCCCGCGUCGACAGAGUCCGCUGCACCACCACCGCAAAGCCGCCUCGCGCGACGAGGCGUUGCGCAGAAGGAAGUCAAUAAGAACGUCCCAGGAAAACGCGUCGACGUCGAGGGUGCCGGGCGCCGUGGAAAGCGACCCCGUCUCGCACUUCCUUCCAAAGGACUCUUGUCGGCAAUACGAGCUUGAGGAGGCCGGCCAAAACAUUCGUGUCUCGUCCGUCAAAGUUUACUAGUCUUUUCUACUACUGGUUUUUGGGGUUGGUCG